AUGGGUCGUUCGCGUGGAAAGCAGAAAGUCCUCGAGCAACGUUACGCCGGUGAACGGGACUCCGGCCGAUACACCACCGCGGUGGCAAACGCCUCCCCCGAAACACCGUCCCCACCCACCGAACUGUCCCCCGUGAGCGCUGGGCCGAGAGAGGGCAAUGGCUCGCGACCGGCUUCAAUGAGCUUCUCCCGCAAUCCGCCGCUUAUGCAGCAAGCGGGCGACACCCCGCCCGAACUGUCGCCAAUCUUCUCGUUUCUGAACAUCCACACAAACAAGGUCUACCAGGAGGGGUACUUCUUGAAAUUGAACGAUUUGGACACUCAUGGGCGAGCCUGUGGUGACCGACAAUGGUUGGAAUGCUAUGCACAGCUAGUGGGAACCGUUCUUUCGCUAUGGGACAGCGCUGCGCUGGACGCAGCGGGCGGAGGAGAGGUCCCGGCGACCUUUAUCAACCUGGCUGAUGCGUCCCUUAAGAUGAUCGAAACUCUGCCGAUUCAGAAUGGUGCUGUACAACCAUUGAAGAAUGUACUGAGCUUGUCAUCAGCAGGCAAGAACCGGUACUUGUUGCAUUUUAACUCUUUCCACUCCCUAAUCCAAUGGACCGCAGCCAUUCGCCUCGCCAUGUACGAGCACACGUCUCUGUACGAAGCGUACACGGGCUCCCUGGUUGCGGCAAAGGGCAAGUAUCUCAACGGCAUCAACUCCAUUCUCGCACCCACCAAAUUCCGAUAUGAGGACUGGGCGCGCGUGCGAUUCGGAGCGGGAACUCCGUGGAGACGAUGCUGGUUUGUGAUCAGUCCACCCGACGAGAAGGAGCUUCAAAAGGCGCGGAAGCUUAUGAAAAAAUCGGCUUACGACCGCUUGUCUAUCCCGGUCACUGGCAACAUCAGGUUUUACGAGACAAAGAAGACCAAAAAGGCGAUCCCUAUCGCUACUGUCACCCAGGUGUUCUCGGCACAUGCAAUCUAUCCACAAUCCAAGGCAUUGAUCGAGGCAUCAACCCUGGUGAAAAUGGAAGGACGAAUCACAACCCACAUGCCUGAAUCUUCCUCGGAAGGGAUCGUCUUCAUUAUGCCCGAGCCGCAUGCCGGAGUUUCUGGAUUCGAGAUGAUGCUGCGUUUCCUUUUCCCCACAUUCGACACCUUCAAUCUCUACGGCCGCCCUACGCGCCUGGUUGCUGAUACUAAUCACAUCAAGAGCAUUAUGUUCGCCUUCCCCAAGGAGCGGCGUUACGGAUACCUUGAUGUUUUGGACAUCGCCAAUCUUCUUCAAACCCCUGGAAGCCAAGAGUGGAACGAAGCUCAGUGGAGAAAGCAAUUGAAAGAAGCUACACAGCGCCGGAUAUCAUCUGGACGGAGUCGGAGCGACAGCGUCAACAGCGCGCGACCCCGUUAUCGUUCCAUGUCUGGACGCAACAGUGACGUUCCUAUCGAUCCUGCCCGUCGCCCAUUCGCUGGCAUUGAGAGCAAGCCACAAUUCAGCAAUUCCGCCGAAGCUAUCAUCCACGAAGUCCCGAGGAACGAUGGUUCGCCGCUUGCUUAUCACAAUCGCGUAGUUUCUGAUACCACGGGAUUCAAUUCUAGACCCAAAUAUGGAAACGGAAUUCCCGCAGAAGAUUCGCCUGGCUCAUCUUCGCAGGAUCUGGCUCAUCGCGGGGCUCCCGCGGUGGCUCCUAUCGCAGAGAGUUCUGAUUCCGAAAGCGACCCUAGCCUCGAAAACGUGCAAGGCCCGCCUGUUCAAGAACACCUCCCCCCGCGAACACCCCCAGCUCCUGUUUCAAACCCGCCUGACUUCUCACAUGGGCCUAAAGAGAUGCCCGCCAUCCGCCCGCAAGCAUCAUCGGAACAGAGGCUGGCAAACAACCGCAUGUCUCAUGGUACUCUCUCCCAGCUUACUUCGGUUGGUACAAUGGGACUGGGUGCGGCAGCCGCUGGCGCAGCAUGGAAACGCCAGCAACAGCAGCAGCAGGAAGCCAACAACGAUCAGAAACCACAAGGAAGGAGCAUCAACGGUGUCUACUAUGGUCCUGGGACAUCCUCCAACUCUGAGGCAAAUUCAUCAAGCGACGAGGGUGUUGCACUAGCGCUCCCGGUCCGGCCUCCCACGGUGCCAGAGCAUCGCCCAAACACACCCAGCAGUUCAGGUAGUUUGUCAGCGCAGCAAAUCCGUGAACGCAAUUCUCCCCAGCAACCAUCCCCUCAGCGGAUGGGAAUGGACCCUGUCAAGUCUGUGCGACGCAAGCCACUUCCACAGCGAGAUUUGUUCGGGUCCCCGGGUGAGCACGAUGAGCCGAGCUACGAUGAUCUCCGCCACACACUUGAUGAGGAUGUCCUCAAUUCAAUUGCUCCCCAUGCCUCAUCUCUUCCCUCGCCAAUCUCGCCGAACCGAAAUGACGAUGAGAGUGUUUACGACAAUGCAUCCACCGUCUCACCCGACUAUGCUAGCACUCACGAGUCUGUCUACAGCAAGAAGUCUGUUGCGUCUACGAAGCCUAGAAUGGGUGUUAAAAAGACAGUUGGAGUUCCGGCGACUAAAGAUCUCGUCAUUGGCGAUGCUCAUUAUACCAUGGACAAGCCGCCAACCUCCAACCCCGACAUCCCUAAUGUGGACUUUGGUCCAACCAUGACCUACAUGCCUACUACUGGGCGCCCGAACACAUCCGACACCCUCAAGAACCACCAGCGAAAAGACUCGGCUGGGACCAAGCUUUCUAUUCCUACCCAUCAGAUGGAUCAGGCCAACGCUCGACCUUCCAGCCAAGAGGAAUACCGACGUAGUGUUUUGUGGCAGCCUGGUAUGGCGUCUGGUCGUCCGGUCACCCCGGGAGGAGGACUUACCCCGGAGCAGUAUGUGCAGCAAAGGGCUGCACCCAGCCCACCGAUGCAGCUCCACAACCGCACCCCAUCAAACCCGAUGACAGUCCAACGCCCCGUAUCUGGGGACUGGGCUCACCAGGCUCGUGCGCACUCUCCCAUGAACGCCCCGCGGCCCUCAUCUCGCGGUGCUCAAAGUAUGCUAAACCACAACGACCAUUCGUCGCAUCUAUCUGCUCGUGAACAAGAGCAUGUUGCCCGAAUGACUGGCUCUUCAUUCUUCAAUAUGUCAAACGACAACCGGAAAUCGCAGACUCAAGUAAACCCCAUGGGUCUCGUGUCGGCCAUUGACGCCCGUGAACGCGAAAAGCGCGAGAUGAGAGAGGGAAUGUCCAACCAGAUGGUUCAGCAAGCCAUCGCCCAGCGUCAACAUAGUAUGGGUUACCAGCAGGCCAUGAUGCACCAGCAAUCAUGGUCGCCGCAACAGUUCUCCCCUCAGCAGGCUGCCUCUGUAUAUCCGCCUCAGCAGGGCCACCAGGAAUCCAUGUACAAUAUGCCCGCGGCGAACCACACUUGGGAUGCUCUAAAUCAGCCGACCCGGCCCGAUGAACCCCGCCGCUCCUCUUGGUACGGCCAGCUUUCCCAGGCACCGCAAACACCACAAACACCCCCCAGCUACCAAGCAAGUCAGACCCACGCCCCAGACUCGCGGUACUACAACUAUGCUCAAUGA